AUACUUCUCCCAGCGCCCACCUCACAAGUGAACAACCAGCAACAGUGUAUGCUCCGCGUAACUGCCCGUCUUCGACACACACAAAGAGCAAUGAGCACGCCCACAUCUAUCGCCAGUUUGCGUGACUACGUGAUCGCGGGACACCGCGCCCCGGGCCCGGACGACCCGCGCGCACCAAAGGGAGGCGAGCGUACUCCUGGUAGCUGGCACGAGUACACGAGCAAGUGGGAGCCUGUUCCUCCCUUUUCCUCUGCUCCUUCACCUUCUGUCUCUCCCCGUCUCAAGAUCGUCACCUGGAACGUGGAUGGCUGGACGGCGUCCUCCGAGGCGCGCCUCGACGCGAUUCUCGCGCACGUCUUCGAGCUCCAGCCCGACCUCAUCCUUCUGCAAGAGCUGAGCCCCGCCAACACCGCUCACCUGCUAUCGCACCCUUCCGUGCGUGCCGAGUGGUUCUGCACCCUCCCCUGCCCGCGCACCGAGCUCAUCGUGCAAGCGACGCUUGCGCGCCGCGCGCGCUUCGCCGGCGCGCUGGGCGGCGUGCACCGCCUCUCCCUUCCGAGCCGGUACGGGCGCGAGAUUGUCGUCGGUGACGUGCGCGUCGGCGAUGUGCGCGUCCGCUCGCUCAAUGUGCAUCUCGACAGCCUCGCGCACGACCCCAGCUUCCGGCCCGCGCAGGUCGCGCUGGCCGCGGCCAGCAUCGCGGAGAACGGAGGGCACGGUUUCGUCGCGGGCGACUGGAACGCCGUGCUCCCCGUGGACGCGGGGCUGUGCCGCGCGAACGCGCUCGAAGACGCGUGGGAGGUUGCGGGCACCGGGGAGGGGUUCACUUGGAACUGGGAUGGGCGGAGCAAAGAGCCAUUCCCCCCCAACCGCCUCGACAAGGUCGCCCUCGCGGGCAUGCAAUGCAAGAGCAUCCGUGUGCUCGAGCCGGGAAGCGUGGAAGGCGUGGACUGGAGCGACCACUGUGGGCUGUACGCUGAGCUGGCCGUGCAGGGGGCCAGAUUGUAGUUAGCCAGUCUGAUGGAUGGAACACAAUGUAUAGUGGAGAUUGCACUGGUAUCCCAAAG